AUGAUCUUCAUCUUGUUCUUUUUAACUCUUCAACAUUUUGUUUAUAGUGAAGAUAUCUGCAGUUCUGUUUACUGUGGUUCAGGGACAUGUAUAGAAACAGAAAGUCCAACUUUACCAUACUAUUGUCAAUGUCAAAAUGGUUCAAAUACGAUUUUACCAUGUCCAUCUGCAGAUCCAUGUUCACAAAAUCCAUGUGGUUCAGGUACAUGUGAAGUAGUACCAAAUUUACUUUAUGGUUACGUAUGUCGAUGUGCUGAUGAUACUGUAUCAUUAACAAGUUGUAACGUUACUCAUAGUCCAUGUGCAUCAAGUCCAUGUAUCAAUGGAGUAUGUAUUGAAGGUUUAACAAGUUUUAUUUGUAGUUGUUUACCAUCAUGGACAGGAAGAUUAUGUGAUAUAACAUUAGAUUUAACUUGUUCAGAUAAUCUGUGUGAUACAGGCAAAUGUUUUCAAAUUAAUGAUCCAUUAUUUCCAUAUGUAUGUUUAUGUGAAAAUGGAGAAUUUGCUAGAACAUGUCAAAAAACUACGACAUAUCCAACAACUACUCCUUCAAUCAUUACAACUAUGAAUUCUAUGUCAGAUAUGUGUAGUCCACUGAAUCAGGACGACUGUUUGAAUGGUGGUGAAUGUCUUCCAACAAUAAAUGGUUAUCAAUGUCUUUGUACGACAGGUUUUAGUGGAAGCUUUUGCGAAAUAAAAACCAGUGCAUGUGCAUCAUAUCCUUGUCUUAAUGGUGGUAUUUGUUAUGAUCUUCAAUCAUCUUAUAUAUGUGGUUGUACGGAUGGUAGUUUUCGAUCACAAUGUUUACCAACUAUAGCAGAUAAUAGUUGUCAAGACGUUCAAUGUUAUAAUGGUGGUACUUGUCAAGAAAAUUCAACAGAUCCUUCUAAGUCAGCUUCAUGUUUAUGUAAGAAUGGAUACACAGGACAAUUUUGUGAGAUCGAAUAUUUUCGAUGUCGAUCCAAUGGUCGUUUUACAGAUCAAUAUAAUUGUGCCAAUGGAAAAUAUUUUGAAUGUGUUCAUUAUGAAGAUGGAGUAAAUCCAGAUGGUAGAUUAUUAAGUCGAAAUUGUCCUGCAUCACUUCGAUUUAAUGCUAUUAUGGAUCGAUGUGAUUAUCCAAAAAAUGUUAAAUGUUAA